CCUUCUCCAGCUACAUCUUGUUCUUUCUCAUGGUUAUUGCCAGCACUCCUUGUCUGUUGUUACCAACAAUCCUUGGUUUGCCCCACAGCCAUCCACCUGUUGCUAUUGGAGACACACAUCAGCCCUUUAUCUUAUUUAUUUUCUGCCCCUCUGGGCACCAGUGUCCUGCCAGCCCAUUCCUGGCCUGUGGAGCCAUCAGCAUUGUCCAGAUUCCCACCCUGGUGGGACACAGCCCACCCCACCUGGGCUCCACAGCCAGGUCRUGCACCAGGYCCCACCUCCUYCCCUGCCCCAUCCCUGCUGCUGCUCUGCCCUUGGCUGUGCCCCCACUUUGAUCCCUCCCCAACCAAACCAAUUCCCAGUUUUUUUUUCACCGUUUCUCCUACCCACAACCUGCUGUKCUUCCUCUUUCCCUUUCCUUUUGAGGCCAGCCCGGAGACAAGCUCUGCUACCAUAGAAAGGCCAGCGGUUGGGCUUUGCCUCACGCAAAUCCUCGCUCCCAAACUGCAGCCUGGGUGCCAGAAACACCUCAGAGCCGAGAGGGGAACAGAGGAAGGAGCUGCAGCCCCCCACACCUGCCCCUGCAGCUCCUGGACACCCUGGACCUGCUCCUAGCCCGUGCCAUGGAGAGGAAAGUGGAUCAUCGGCAGGGUGUGGUGAAGCUGGUGGCUGUGUUUGAAGAGCACUGCAGGGACAGCAAACCUGCCCAGAGGGACAAGCAGGCUCUGACCAAUGCUGCAGCCAGCCASUCCCAGCAGCUUUCAGCAUCCCCUGCCAGCCAGAGCCACUCCCUGACCGGAGAAGGGAAUGAGGAGAAGGAUCAGCAAGGUCGGCGUGGACUCAGCUUCAAAUGCCUCCGUUCUCUGCAAAGCAAGAUCUGUGAGGAYGACUGGAGGAGGCCACAGGGCCCAGGCCUGGAGCCUGGCAGCCAGGAACCAGAGGAAAAGAAAAUCGCUCUGGAGCUGCUGGAGACAGAGCAGGCCUAUGUGAACCGCCUCCACCUCCUCGACCAGGUAUUCUAURCAGAGCUGAUGAAAGAAGCCAAAACCGGGAAGACGGUCCCAGAGGAGGUGGUGAAAAUGAUCUUUUCCAACAUCUCCUCCAUCUACCAGUUCCAUGCUGAGUUCUUCCUGCCAGAGCUGCAGAAGCGCAUGGAGGAUUGGAACCGCAACCCCCGCAUUGGGGAUGUGAUCCAGAAGCUUGCACCCUUCCUCAAGAUGUACGGGGAGUACGUGAAGAACUUCGACAAGGCCGUGGAGCUCAUCACUGCCUGGUCAGAGAAAUCACCCCCCUUCCAGGAGCUCAUUGCUGACAUCCAGAAGAGGAAGGUCUGUGCUAACCUGACGCUGCAGCACCACAUGCUGGAGCCUGUGCAGAGGAUCCCGCGCUACGAGCUCCUCCUGAAGGAUUAUGUCCGGAAACUCCCGCCCCAGUCCCCCGACAGAAGCGAUGCYGAGAAGGCCCUGGAGAUGAUCUUUAUGGUGGCCAAGCACUCCAACGCAGCUAUUGCUGAGAUGGAACGGCUGCAGAAYCUCUGGGUGGUCUAUCAGAGGCUGGGCCUCGAGGAUGACAUUGUGGAUCCCUCCAACGAGCUGAUCAAGGAGGGACCGAUCCAAAAAAUCUCCACCCGCAACAACAGCACAUCGGAGAAGUACCUGUUCCUGUUCAACAACAUGCUGCUGUACUGUGUGCCCAAGGUCAUCCAGGUGGGCGCCGAGUUCCAGGUCCACCUCCGCAUAGAYGUGGAGGGCAUGAAGGUGCGGGAGCUGAAGGACACYGAGUUUCCUCACACUUUCCUGGUCUCAGGAAAGAAGCGGUCGCUGGAGCUCCAGGCCAGGUCCGAGGAGGAGAUGAACGCCUGGAUCAAGGCCUUCCAGGAUGCCAUUGACAGGAAGGAGAAGAGGAGUGAGASCUUUAAGACAGCAGUGGCUGGGACCACACAGACCAUUGUCUCCCAUCCCCAGACAGAGGAGCUGGGCCUCAGGGCCCCGCAGUGGGUACGGGACAAUCUGGUGACCAUGUGCAUGCGCUGCAAGGAGCCCUUCAACGCCAUCACGCGGCGGAGGCACCACUGCCGAGCCUGUGGAUACGUGGUGUGUGCUCGCUGCUCCGACUACAAGGCCGAACUGCAGUAUGACGGGAACCGCCCGAACCGCGUCUGCCAGGAGUGUUACAUCUUCCUGACAGGCCACACGCUGCUCGAGGACCGCGAGGGGAGGCACAAAGGCAUCCUGGAGAAAGGCGCUGCAGAGGUAUCCAACAGGAGUUUGCUCUGCAGUUCCCUGCAGCUGAUGGAUAAGAAUGGCAAGGGGGGCACACGGGGCUGGUUCGUGAUCCCACAGGAUGAUCCCCUUGUGCUCUACAUCUAUGCAGCCCCCCAGGACGUCCGAGCCCACACCUCCAUCCCACUGCUGGGCUACCAGGUGCGGGACGUGGCCCAGAGCGAGUCCCGGCACCUCUUCCAGCUGGUGCAGUCCCGGCAGGUGUUCACCUUCAUGGCUGACACCGAGGAGCUGAAACGGCGCUGGAUGAGGGCCAUGGCRCGCUCUGCCGCGGGGAUCACRCACGAGGAGGAGGAGGAGGAGGAGGCAGGCCCCUGUGAUGAAGCAGAAUGAGGCCAUUCCCACUCCUGGGGUGCCUGGGGAGGGUCACAGGGAGUCUGGGGGACUUUGGGCAGACCCCCGACAUCUCUGCUUUGCGGUUUUCCAUCAUGAGAAGGACGAGAUGGGGGCACGUUUGGCACCACACGGACAAGCCGGAUCCCCCUUUCCCUCUCUCCUGGCUCUCGGCGCUGGGCAGAGGCGCUGGGAAUGGAGGGAGCGGGGAUUUUGGGGAGCGCCCCCGGCCCCGGGCGCUGUGCAGUGCCACCGGCGGCCACGCGAGGGCAGCACCGCCCCGUCCAUGCCCAUCGGGCGCGGGGAUGCCCCGAGUGGGGAGCGAGUCUGGGAUUGGGACUGCUGAGAUAAAUCCCACCUGCGACCCCUCUCUGCAGCCUCCUGUGGGCCUGGAUUUCCCAGAGCGCCCCGUGGCACUGUCCCCGUGGCUCCACAUCGCCCUAUGUGUCACAUAUUUGUCUGACACCCAGCAGGGACCCAGCUUGCAGCUCAGCCUCGCAGGUCAGGGACCCCACUGCUGGAGUCAAAGAUGUCCCUUUUCCAUCUUGUCACCACUCCUGGUGUCACGCUGCAGUUCCGUGGUGUGGGGGUACCCCUGAGYACAGACAGCCCUCACUGGGCCAGCCCCAACUCCUGCCCACCCCAGACUCUCCCUGCACUCCCUCCUGUCCACAAUCACCUUCCACCCUUGUAUCUCGCUCAGUUUCAUGUUUCCUGGGGGAAACACUGGGACGAGGUUGUGUCCACACAGUCCACACAGGUGCUGCCGUGAUGCUGGGGAGACCCAGAGGAUCCCCCUCUCCACCCUCACCAUAAKGAGCACCCUUGGUCAUUUCACACAGUGCUUUAGGCUGCAGCCCCAUGUUUUUCUCUCUGCACCCUCUUUGGCAUCCCAAAAAUGUUGCCCCGGCAACUCUGCCCACUUCUGAGCCUUCCAGGGGAUGCAGGAGCCUCUUGCACAGAUCUCUGGCAGGCAGGGGUUGGUGCCCACACCUGGACCAUGCAGCAGCUCCAGCAUGGCAGCCUUGGGCAGAGCUCAGGGGGUCACAGGGUGAACAGAUCCGUGGGGACCGGGAAGGGAGAGGGGAUGGAGCAGGACACUCAAAUAGGGACAACAUAUGGGGAAAGGAUGGGGAGUAAGCUGGGAAUAACAUAUGGGGAACCACAGCUGGGGGGCUUCAGGGAGACAGGAAAAUGUUGUGAGUAAUGUCCUUCCUCAAUCCACUGAGCUCAUCCCAGGAAAAGACAAACUGUGGUGGCUUUAUCUCCUUCGGAGAUUCCGUCAAGGAAAGGGGAGAGGAGCUGGAUAUCAGGGUGACAGCUCUGCCAAAGCAGCUGCCCCUCGGGGUGCCACCCAGCACGGGGCUGAGCCCAGAUGCAAACAGCACAAACAGGGCUUUCCAGAGCCACCCCAAAACAGCCCUCACCUCCCCCUGCACUGUCACCUCGUGGYGAAGGGAAACCCCAGCAGCCCUGGAAAAGCCGGGCAGCGCAGGCUGCUGCUGCUGGGAGGAAAGAGUGAGCGAGGGGAAGCCCGCGGGGCUGGAAGGUUCUGCGUGGUGGCCCUUCCACCUCGGCGUCACCYCUGUGUCAGCGAGGAACAAAACAAGCCCGGAGCAGGGAGCUGCCCUCGGCUCGUGAAUGGCCUAAGAAUAGAUUUCCUGUUUACCCAGUGAGGAAUGGCUCCCGGGGCAGAGGGCACCUGCGGCUAUUUUUACCAGCUCUGCCCUCCUUCCUCCUGACCCCCAGCAUCCGCGGGAUCACCGCCCCCUGCAGCACCCAUGUGUGCCUCGGGAAGGGGCUGCCAGGGAGGAGAGGUGGCCCAGGGAUGGAGGGGGUGGCAGGGCACUGGGGCAGGUCACUGCCGUGACAUUGGCAUCWUGCCAUCCUCAAAGACAGGGAGACAGCAUCACUCAGUGCCCUGAGCAUCCCUCAGACAGGAGGGUGGGUGACUGAACUUUAAAGGGUUUUCAUGAUUCCCUAACUCUGCUUUCCUAAAAAAA